CGCUUGUAGCUGUCGCGUCCGUCGCGCAUCCAUGGCGUAUCCGUAGCCUGUGCUAGGCUUUUCGGGGCGGGCAGCAGUCAGCAGUCAGAACCUAGCCAACACCUAGCCGACGCAGCGCAGGUCGGCGUACCCGUGCGAGAAAAGUUCGGGCGCUCGUCGCUCUCGCUGCUCGCAUCGCCUGCAUCAGUGGGACAACGCUGUCUGCACCAUCAACGGCUGCUUCGUCUGCUAGGGACGGAGCAUGAACUGAACGGGCACGAUAGCUGCGAGAAAAAAAUCGGCGUUCGUGCGAAAGAGACAGCGCCGCGGGGGCAAGAUGGAGCUAGAACCUUACAGCCGCGACCGAAUUUUCACCGUGGAGAGCCUGCCGAUCGAGAUCAUCGAUCACAUUCUGGGUUACUUGUCCUACGACGAAAUCAGUGUCUAUCGAAGGGUGAGCCGUCACUUCAAUGCAUGCUGCCAGAGGCUGUUGAACCAGGGAUUCUUCCGGGCCGAGCGAUUCCAUGCGCAGUGUCUCAAGGCUGUCAAGAAGCAGCUUCCACGACGAGAGUCCGAACGGCGGACUCAUCCGCUUGCGCGCCACUGUGAGAUACUCACCAGCAUCGAGACCCGCCUGUCCCUACUCAGCAUGACCUUCAUGAAGUAUAUGGACAUGAACUUGUGCUGCUUUAUCCCUGGCAAGGUUAUCGACGAGAUAUUCAGGGUUUUACGCCUGGUUCAAGGGGCUGGAAACGGCUGCACGACAACACCUCCACGUGCUCACGAGAUUCUGCAAGAGCUGCGCGACAUCUCGUCGAUGGCCAUGGAGCACUUUGAUGAGCGCAUUGCACCGGGCCUCAAGCUCCAUGUGGGGCCCAUGAAGCCCACUCUGGGAUUCAUUGGUGCAGGACACCAUGGACCGUGUGCUGCCAGUGCAACAGUGCCCCGCAGCUCUGAGCUAGAACUCCUGAAACAUCUUUCCAACUCUCCAAUCCUGCCUGGAUUCUGCUGGUCAUCUCACUUUCCUCGCUGCCUUCUUCGUGUGCCAUUCAACCAAGCAACAGCCACCUCCAUCUUAGGACGGAUACAGAAACCAUGUGUGUAUGCAGCCGCACACUCAAGCUUGACAGAGGAGCUGAAGCAAGUGCGCGCAACCAACUUGAGCCUCCGCAAGUCACUGACGGAGUGCAAGUCCAAGCUGACUGCGUACGCCAAGAAGCAGUGUGAGCAGGAUAAACGGAUGCAUGACCAGGAUAAACGAAUGCAUGACCAGGCACAGUUAGUUGUGGAACAAGGCAGCCGUCUUGCUGAACAAGAAGGCAAGCUCAACGAGUUGAACCGCAAACUGCUCGAGCAGCACCGUGAAUUUGCCGACGUGCUGGAAGAAGUGAGUCGUCUUCGAGAACAAGUAGUGAGCAAUUCCAGCAGCGGAGUAGUAGUCAGUAGCAGCAACGGCAAUGAACCUGACCAGUCUGAAGGCACCGUCACACUUCAAAGGACAACGCGACCUCGAUGUGGUGCAAAGGCUAACGGCACUAGGGAAACCACUGCAGCCAGCGGCAAGCGUCGGCACAACAGUGUCGCCUUGCCUGAUACGGAGACUAGUCGGAAGCGCUUAUGCAGCAACAAAGACAAGGUUGCUGCCGAAGUGGAAAAUGAGAGGCCACGGCGGACGGGAAGGGCAAGAAAUGCUAGGGCAGCGAAAUGUUGAUGAGUGGCUCAUGUUCCUGUCAACAUGGAUUUCCGAACGGAACAGUGUGCUUUCAGCAGAGAAUGAGGCUAGACGUUCUGCCUAUCGCAAAUGGUGGAUGCUAACGGUGGCGUUCUCUUGAUGCGUAUACAGUACUGCAAAGUGUCGCAUGCAUGUUGUGAGAUGUCAGGCUCGUAACAUUGAGCUGCAUUCUUGUUUGUGAAAGCAAUCCGUGCAAGAUGGUGUCUGCUGUAAGGUUCACUCCAUUGUAGUUGAGAGCGCCGGGUGGAUGACAUAAAAACAGCCUGGCACCAAACACUUUUGUAAUACAAAAUUUGUAACUUCUGCGUGCACUGUUACCUCGAUGUGGUUUACAUUAUUAUAGCAUAGUCACAUAUAUGCUCGUUGGCUCGUUCUUGUUACAAACAUUUGAGCCAAUAGGAGUACUGAUAUGAGCAGUCAGUUACUGUGCACUAUUAAACUGAGGAAGCAGAUUAGGAACUAUAAUACUUUGCGCAUGUAAUCUAUAGCAGCAGUAUUCGUAAAGAAACCAUCCAAGUAAAUUGAGUUUCAAGCCCAGUAAUUUCACUAUACUUGCAAAUAACUGCCUUGUCUAGUGAGCAUGUUGGCAAGUAUCAUUAAUGUUGGCUACCUCUGAAGGCUUGCAUUACGUGCUUGCUCACAUUGAUACAUGUGGUUAACAAAACUGUUGUGCAACUACUGUAACUAGCUGCCCUCGAUUGCUUACUGUGAAAGGGUUGCUGGUUACCUGUUUUGUGAAAAGCACCGCCAGUUAGCAGAAAACUUCUUGUAAAGCAGACAGCUGGAGUAGUGUCUGGCUUUUUGUUUGCUGAAUAUCCGCAGGCUCUGUAUACUAUUUUCUAAGCACUUCGAUUUGCAUAGGCCCAUUUGUCGAUAUGUGUUCAGCUUGCCAUGUACAUCUCCUCUACCGAAGGUAUAAUGUUUCUGUGUAGCCUCCUUCCUACACUGUCCUCCUCUUUUUUUUUUUCUCUCUCUCGUGUUGUUCCUUCUAAAGGGCAGCAAACAUGGCGGAGACUAACCACGCUUUUCAUUUAGAAUCCAUGUCAUGAUUUGAGUCAGCACUGUGUUUAAAGUUUACAGAUUGUCUACUAUUGAAAUUGUUGAGCUCUUAGAGCAUUGCAAAUGUCCCCUAAAACAGUUCCUCUUACACCUCCUUCACAAUAAAGCAGCAGCACUGUGGAAUUUGUUUGACUUAUUCUGAUGAUAUAGCGUGGUCAUUUUGUGCUACAUGAUAACUGCUCUGUUACGUCCAAAAUUCAAGCUAUGGGAUAUCUGCUGUAAUCAGCAACUACACGGCACAAGGCUCUGCCUGGAUAAUAGUGCCUGUAUUGUGCAGCACAGAAUGACGGCACUGAGACUAGGCAAUGCUGCACUGUGAAUACAGUUGAACCUUGAUACAACAAACACCGAUUUAAAGAGUCAUUGGAUAUAACUAAGUAAAUCUAAAAUGGCGCUCAUCAAGAAUCUGUGUGUAAUGAAUGUAUGCUUGUAGCGAAUACUGAAUAGUAUAACGAAAGUAUUUUUGUGUCAAGUGCAACUUAUUAUACUCUAGGUUCGACUGUGUACGCUGAAAGUAUGUCUCGGGUAGUUGCUGCUCAAAGUACAUUGGCAUUCUUCUCUACCUGCAUGUAAUUAAAACUGUAAGCAAGCAAUUGUUUGGUUCUUAAGCCUUUUCAGCUAGAAUUCAUGCAUGUGCUGCUAAAGGGUACAACUAUCUCAUGAGUUGUUGCGAAGGGAAGUUCUGACAUGAUGUUAAAAAUGGGAAUGUGCUCGUACUGGCGUUGGCUAGUGUUUUGUACAAAAAAUUUUUCUUAUGUUAUUUUUAAGGUGAACCGUCACUGUAGACGAGGCAUACAUGUAAAUGCUAUUCAUCUUGUGCUUUUGACUCCCAUGUGAAUACUACAUACUUCGCUCUGCAUAGUAUGUAACUGCAUGUUCCAAAUGAUUGUCUUUUUUGUUGUUGUUGUUGUUUUCCUUUUUUUUUGCCAUCUGUUUGCAGUUUCUUGGCACACAAUGUCUCAGUCACAGCGAUUGUCUUUCUUUUGCUCCUUUCUUUCUGUGCUAUUUCUGAAUAAAGUGGUAAAGUGACCCGAUGUACCAAUUAUGGCA